CCCAAUUUGUAGUACAAAUAAAAUAUAUAUUUGCAGCCGCAACACCCACAACAACAUACAAUGCAUUGUAAUGCAUGCAUGUAGAGAUGAUAACCGAUUACUAUAAAAUAAAUCGCAGUAAAAUUGUUCAAAAUAUGGACGGUACACCAAAAAAAAGAUAUAAUUUAAGUUUAAAGUCAUCGACGCCAAAUAAGAUAGUGAAAACACAUCAAACUGGAGAUGUUAUUGAUUUGUGCAGUGAUGAUGAAGAUACAGAUACUAACACGGAUAAAAGCAACAGUGCUAUUAAAUCUUCUCCGAUGUGUUUACGAUUUGAUGAUUCAGAUACUACUAAUAGUACUAUAUUAUAUACUCCCAAAACUCCAACUAAUAGUUAUGAGAGCACUCCAAAUAAGAAAAUGAAUACUCCUGGAACAUCAAAAAAGUUCUUUUCUCCAACUAAGAAUCGCCUGGUAAAUACACCACAAAAGGCAAAAAAGAACUUGCAUAGUAUGUUUAGUUCAAAUGAUGCAACAAUGGCUCUUGAUGAAUUGUUUUGUGAAGAAUUUAAAAGCUAUGAUGAUAAGACUAUGUUUCUAUUGAAGAUUAUUCACAAUUAUCUUAAUGAUGAGUCUCUGAGGAAACUGCUGCCUGAACCUUUAGACAACCUUUUAAGUAAGUGUCUGGAAGUAGUAAAGCCCGGCAUGCGUUUGAUAUGUAGAUUGUUCUGGCGCAAAAGAUGCUGGUAUAGAAGAGAGGAUGCUAAGAAGAUUGCUAGUGGAGACAACAAUAUUGAUGAUCCUCAUUUUGAGUUUAUGAUUAAUUCUUUAAUAGAGCAAGGUUUCAUCAAGUAUUCUGUAAAUGAUGUAAAUUGCAUGACAUUUGAGGAUUAUGUUGAAGUAUUGAAACUUAAUGAAUUAAAAGAUGUAUGCAAAGAUUUAAACAUCAAAGUGAAAACAAAACAAGAGGCAAUAACAUCUUUAAAGAACUUCAUUUCUCGCACUGUCAAUAUAAGCAAUUAUUUCAAAGGUGAAAAAAGUAGUAAUGCAAAUAGAGGAAUGGAAAAGUUGAGACUCAAAGCUGGUAAAUGCUAUAGAUUGAGUGAGCAAGCUGAUGUAACAUUAACAAAGUUAUAUUAUCUAAUGUAUUUUGGAAUGGACUACAGUAUUAUAAGAGAAAAUAAAUUAGAAUUAAUACUUCUAAAUAGCAAAACGAAAAAGGAAAUUUAUCCAAUAAAUGAUGACGUUACCUUAGACAAUGCAACUGUUGUCUUUAAUACAAGUGAUGAAUUUGAAAGUUACAUCAAUGCAUAUACAAUUUCUGAGAAAUGGCAUACAGCAAAUACUACUGAUGAAAAAAUUGUUAUCAGCUCGAUGGUUUACAGUUUGUACAAGAAUCUGAGUGACGUAGAAUGGAAUUAUUACAAAUCAUUGCCUUCAUGGUUACGAAAGUACACACCGGGACAUAUAUAUAUCAAGAUUCUAGAAAAAAGUGUACCAGAAUUGAAAAAGAUGAAAGAUAAAAAAUGUAUUAAACAAGCGCUAAAAAUUUUGUCUACAUUAAUACAACAGUCGGCCUUUCGACAACAUAAAAAAUCUCUGUGGUAUGCUGAAAAGGCUCUUAUUUUGGAAAAACAUGAAAACUCAUAUCAGAAGGCAGCGGAAGUUUUAUUAGAAGGGCUUAAAUCUGAUAUAGAGGAAGAUUGUAAGUGUGAGAUGCGGCCACGAGCUUUUAAACUGGCAACACAAAAGUGUACCGAAUUAAGUGACGAUCUGCGACAUGAACUGCUAGAGUGUGCUCUACUGAACUCUAUCAAGGAGAACGAUUUUGAAGCAAAACAUAUUUAUAAACAGCCCACAGAGACGUGUAACAACCGCGGCAAGAUAAAGUUUGAAACGUUGACGGCGGACGGCAGCCGCAUGUUUCUCGACGCGGAGGAAUACUGCAUUGAAGAAUACAUAAAUACUGGAGAAUACACUCAUGGCGGUCAUUGGGAGGGCAGGAUUAUAACGACGAUAUUCUUCGUGUUGUUCUGGGACAUAAUAUAUGUACGCCUGCCGGGAGUCCGCGGCGUGUUCCUGUCCCACCUGCAGGUGUUCCCCCAGGACAUGUUCACUGAUGGCUUCUACGUGAACCGCAAGGCCCUCAUCGACGACCGCCUCAGAGAGAUCAGCAACGCAACAGAGAGCGAACUGCUGACCUGGAUACAGGAGACCUGGGAUUCGCGGCCUGAAGGUGAGGUGUCAGGCAUAACGCGCAGUAUUGGUGUGGAGCGUGUGAAGGCGGUGUGCCGGUGUCUGGGCGGCGCGGCCAUCAGCGCGCUCUGCGCUCGUCUCGCCAAGGACUACCGCCGCACGCAUAGCGGCUUCCCAGACCUCACGAUAUGGAACCAGAUCACUAAACAGAUAAAGUUUGUGGAGGUGAAGACGGACUCUGACAAGCCGUCUGUGAAGCAGCUGCAGUGGCUGCGGUACUUGGUGGGGGCGGGACUGCGCGCGGAGUUCUGCUAUGUUGGCACCAACACCACGCGCUGCAGGGCGCGCGCCGCACCGCAACAUGUAUAGUCUUCUCACGUACACGCUAGUGAUAGAAAGAGACCGCCUUCAGUUUGUGUGUUCUACUCUACUUUAUCUU